AUGGAGCAGAAACCUGGUGGUUCCUGGUUGGAGUACCUUGAAACUGCUAAGCAGCCAGAGGCAUGCUUUCAAUGCUUCGCAAGUGAAGGCCUUCCGGACAAGGUUCGCUUUCAGAUGUUUCAUGAUCCCGGGUGUGUUACGCGCCACUUUGCUGCUAUUCAUCUUAAAGAAGAACCACUCAAAUGGAACUGGUGUGAAACCAGAGAAGUUCCAUACGAAUCCCGCGCGCGAGAAGAACGAGCACGAGCAGCGGGAAAAUGA